UAAACCUAAACAACACUAAAAUAAAAGGAAACGUAUUAUUGUAUAUACCAUGGAGUCAGUCCUGCGCUUUGGAAUAACCAGUUGGUUUGGGAACCUGACUGUAAAAUCGAAAGCUCAGAUAACCAGCUUGGUUCGGUCGGUGAAGGCCCUCGUUAUUGAGGAAUGCGGCCCCCAGGACAGGGCGACGGCUCCUGGUGCUUGUGUCUCCGAUGACUGUGGAGGCCCAGUCUUCCCCGAAAACCCCGCCCGCAGGAUUGACAGAAGUGGGUUGAGGGGCCAGGCGGUUGCCAGCCCGGGUGAGGAUCUCACUAUUAGUCACUCUCUCCUCCCAGGAAACGUUGAGGAGAGAUUGGAGUCGUCCUUGGUGGAACCUCUCGAGCCUCUUGAUGCUGCUCCGAAAGAGGGUCCAACAUUCGGCGCCAUAGAGAAGGGUCAGGAGGACGACAGACUUAUACACCAUGAUCUUCGUGUUGGUGGAAAUGGCGUUAUUCCUGAAGACCCGACGACCGAGGCGUCCAAAGGCUGUGUGGGCUGCCUGGAUACGGUGGAGGGUCUUUGUCUUUUUGGUGUUGACGGAGAGGCCAAAGGUCCUGUACGCUGCGGCGAAGCCGUCCGCGAUGAGCUGGAGCCCCCCGGAGGAGUUGGACACCGCAGCAUUGUCAUCAGCGUACUGGAGUUCGCUGACGGUCGUGACCAUGGUCCCCCGCCUGCUCCUCAAACGGCUGAGGUUGAAGAGCGAACCUUCAGUUUGGUAGCGUAGAGUGAUUCCAUGCUCCUGGACAGGGGUGACGUGGUGGAUGAGCGCGGCGAUGUAGAGGCAGAACAAUGUCGGCGCCACCGUGCAGCCCUAUUUGACACCGGUCCGAACGGGGAAUGGGGGAGUCAUUUCGCCCUGAGUCAGGACGCAACCCUUCAUGCCGUCGUGAAACAUCCGGAUGAGGGAUAUGAAUUUGGGGAGGCAGCCUUGACGUUCCAGCACU